ACUUGACCUUAUUGCUUUUAGCCUGCUGGCUUUAUAUCCAUUUAUUUAUUUUAUUUCGCUUUGUCCCCACGGAGGGGCUGGGAGGAGAUGAAUUUUGAAGCAGCACCUUUCACCACCUUGCCAUACUACCCUGAUCCCUGCAUCCAGCGGUUUGUAGAAACUCCGAGCCCCUUCUCCUGGAAGGAGAGUUACUACUGCUCAGCCAUGUCCCAGAGCUCUCAGCCCAGGGAAUUCCUCAGCCCAGAAGUGAUCCAGCAUAUCUGGGACUUCCUGGAACAGCCAAUAUGCUCAGUUCAGCCAAUUGAUUUAAACUUCAUCGAUGGCCCUUCUGAAGAUGGCGCCACAAACAAAAUUGAGAUCAGCAUGGAUUGUGUCCGGGUGCAGGACACUGAGCUCAAUGACCCAAUGUGGCCGCAGUACACGAACCUGGGGCUCCUGAACAGCAUGGACCAGCAGAUCCAGAAUGGCUCUUCCUCCACCAGCCCUUACAACACGGAGCACGCGCAGAACAGCGUCACGGCCCCCUCGCCCUACGCCCAGCCCAGCUCCACUUUUGACGCCCUCUCUCCCUCCCCAGCCAUCCCUUCCAACACAGACUACCCAGGACCUCACAGCUUCGAUGUAUCAUUUCAACAGUCCAGCACAGCCAAGUCAGCCACAUGGACGUAUUCCACCGAACUGAAAAAGCUGUACUGCCAGAUCGCCAAGACAUGUCCCAUCCAGAUCAAAGUGAUGACCCCACCACCUCAGGGAGCUGUCAUCAGGGCUAUGCCAGUCUACAAGAAAGCUGAGCACGUCACUGAAGUGGUCAAACGCUGCCCGAACCACGAGCUGAGCCGGGAGUUCAACGAGGGACAGAUUGCACCUCCCAGCCACCUGAUCAGAGUGGAAGGGAACAGCCAUGCCCAGUAUGUAGAAGACCCCAUCACUGGGAGGCAGAGUGUGCUGGUCCCCUACGAGCCACCCCAGGUCGGUACUGAGUUCACUACAGUCCUGUACAACUUCAUGUGCAACAGCAGCUGCGUUGGAGGGAUGAACCGCCGCCCCAUCCUCAUCAUUGUGACCCUGGAAACCAGAGACGGGCAGGUCCUGGGGCGCCGGUGUUUCGAGGCCCGCAUUUGUGCCUGCCCGGGCAGGGACCGCAAGGCGGACGAGGACAGCAUCCGCAAGCAGCAAGUGUCCGACAGCACAAAGAACGGUGACGCUUUUCGACAAGGAACUCAUGGCAUACAGAUGACAUCUAUCAAAAAAAGACGUUCCCCAGAUGAUGAGCUCUUGUACUUGCCAGUGAGGGGACGGGAGACGUACGAGAUGCUCCUGAAGAUCAAGGAGUCGCUGGAGCUGAUGCAGUACCUGCCCCAGCACACGAUUGAGACCUACCGGCAGCAGCAGCAGCAGCAGCACCAGCACCUGCUCCAGAAGCAGACCUCCAUGCAGUCGCAGUCCUCGUAUGGCUCCAGCUCUCCACCGCUCAGCAAAAUGAACAGCAUGAACAAGCUGCCCUCGGUCAGCCAGCUCAUCAACCCGCAGCAGCGCAAUGCCCUGACCCCAACCACCAUCCCCGACAGCAUGGGAACCAACAUUCCCAUGAUGGGCACCCACAUGGCCAUGACCGGGGACAUGAAUGGCCUGAGCCCCACGCAGGCGCUGCCUCCUCCCCUCUCCAUGCCUUCAACGUCCCACUGCACCCCCCCUCCUCCAUACCCCUCAGACUGCAGCAUCGUCAGCUUCUUAGCGAGGUUGGGCUGCUCAUCCUGUGUGGAUUAUUUCACGACCCAGGGGCUGACCACCAUCUAUCAGAUUGAGCAUUACUCCAUGGAUGAUCUGGUGAGCCUCAAGAUCCCGGAGCAGUUCCGCCACGCCAUCUGGAAGGGCAUCCUGGACCACCGGCAGCUCCAUGACUUCUCCCCGCCGCACCUGCUGCGCACGCCGAGCGGCGCCUCCACGGUGAGCGUGGGCUCGGGCGAGACGCGCGGCGAGCGGGUCAUCGACGCCGUGCGCUUCACGCUGCGCCAGACCAUCUCCUUCCCGCCCCGCGACGACUGGAACGACUUCAACUUCGACAUGGACGCCCGGCGCAACAAGCAGCAGCGCAUCAAAGAGGAGGGGGAGUGAGGCCCGCGGUGCCCCCUCCACCCCGCCCCGGCCACGAACUGCUCAGCCUUGGUUUGUUCCUCCUGCUCGUACCGCAGCCCCGGCGGAGGGCGGAGGGACCUUCCUGCUCGGCCGUGCCCCGGGUGCUGGCUGGCUCUGCUCCUGGACUGCAGCCUCGGCUCCCGAGGGGAAGAGCUGAGCCAAGGGGAAGGCGGGUGGUAUUUCAUUGAAAACCAUUGGCCUUCUUGGAGAAGGCCAGCUUGUUUUGUGUUUUCCUUUGGGGAGAGGGCUUCUUUUCUCAACUUUUGAACCUUCGCUCACCUGGUGUGCAAACGUGUUUUCUCCCACCCAGCAAUCCCACUUUGAAAAGCAGGAAGGUUAAAAUAAAAUUCUAAAAAGCCAAAAAAAAGAACCAAACCAAACCCAGGAAAAAAACCCAAGCAACCAAGUGUACUCCUUACAAAAAACCCAAAGCAAUUCAACCCUGAAGUGACAGAUUUAUUUGAAAAAUCAGUGGGAAUUGGUCUGCUGAACAUUGCACUUAAACAGCCUCCUCCCCUGGAGCUGAGUGCCUUGUUUGUGUGUAAUAUUCUCCAGCGGAGACAGCACAUGCACUUUGCUGGGCAGGCCAGUGCUUACAGCACCUGCAUCCUGCUUUUUCUUUUUCCCUCACCUUCUCUGGAAAAACAAGUUAGCUCGCCCUUGUUUUGGAUAUACAUUCAUAUGUAUGUCCUGGUUUGCUCCGUUCAAGCUCACAGGUGUAAAUAAAACUGUGCCUUACUCUUGUAUUCUGCCUCCACCCAAAGUUUACCCAUGCAAAAUACUACUGAAAUUUAAGCUAUAGGAUUAGGCUUUGCCACACAUGCAGCCUGGCUAGUUUAGCAUAAGGAUUUGCCCACCUAGCCUCCAGUUAAAUGGAGGAGUGAGAGCUGCACACUGGUUUGUAGAGCUUCAGCUAUCCUAAACUCAGACCACCUUUUGCUUAGACCAUGCUAGAUUGGUUUCCUCCCAAGUAUAGUAGGCCUGUCUUUAGAUAUAUCUGUAAUGGGUUGGAACCUGUUGUGUUUGUUGCUAUAGGUUAAGUGACAAGCAACUAGAAGAGAGUCAAAAAAUAGCCACCAAGCUGCCUUAAAACAAGGACCCGUUCCUGGUACUAUGAGUGUUGUUCUGCAAUAAGCCAUGUUUACAUGAGAAAUUGAUUUUUCUCUGGUUUUUUUCUUCACUGGAUCUACCAUAGUUGUGCUCUGACACAUUUCCUCCUAACUGCCAAUGGUCCUCUGGGAUAAAUAACUGAACAGUGCAUGUUUGCACAUUUUUAUUAGCCAAAGUACUCAUGCUCCUCUAAGGAAUACAAAACAAACCUAAGCUGAGAAGCAAGGCUCAGCAAGGUGCAGCUGCUUUCAAGUUGGCUUGCUCUUUUUAACAGUAAGCCUGACUUUUUUUUUUAUUUUGUUUUUCUUAAUUGGUGAAAGAAAAAGCAAGUUAAAUGACUCCUGAUCCUACCUUGCUCCAGCUGAAUAUUCCUGUGGCAGUGCAGUGGCUGUUUGGGGGCCCUGCUAUGUGCAUUUCAUUUAACUCCAGUAUGGUUAGCAUCCUCCAGCUGUCUGUUGUGCUGGGCCCGUGUUGUAUUCAAAGACUGCCUUUUGGUAGCUGUGCAAGCCUGUUUUGUUAGCUAUAAAUGGUGAUGCCAGACAAUUCCUCUGUCAAGUCUGUAUAUAAAUGUUUUGUACAUAGAAUUGUUUGUUUUUCUACAGCAUAACAUGACAAUUUCUAUUUCUUUUUGGGCUACUGGGACCGAACCACGAUAAAAAUGUUGUUUGUUUUUCUGUUUUUUAAUUAUUAUUUUUAUGCAGAAGGCUAGUGGUUACAAAUCGUGUAACAAACAACUAGUCAUUGGAUGAAUAUAUUUGUAUUUUUCAUACUGAGAUUACUGUGUUAUUUUGCAGUUGAGGGGGAAGGGGCACGUACUGGAAGCCUGUUGUAUCAUUUUAUUUUGUAACACUUCAAGGAGCAGUGUCCUAGAUUUCAAAGUAUUUAACAUGCUCAGCGUGGGAACUUACUAUAUCUCUUUUUUUUUUUUUUUUUUUUUUUUUCUAUGUGGUACAAAAGGAGAGAGUAAUUCUGCUCUUGACUCGAUGCAAUGAUUAAUUCAGCAGGGCAAUAUUAGUGUGAGGGAAGUGUUAGUGCAGAUACUUUACAAAUCCCUGGAGGUGAAUUAGGCUGUGCCCUUCUCACCUCCAAGGUUUUGCAUCUCCAUUGGGUAGUCCUCCUGAGCUGCUUCAGUACUGUACAUACAUUGAUGCAAAAGACACCGUCUGUUUUAGGAUCUAGUGGGCUUUGGACUGUUAAGGUUAAUCCAAUUAAUGCUGUGCCCAGAGUCUGGGUACAAGAACUUCAGUAUCUGCUUCUCAAUGCGGCGACCAGAUGGAGCUUUUCUGCUGCAUCUCUGAUGAUCGAAAUAUAUGCUGUGAAAACCUCCUUUCUACUGUAUGGAACUAUGGUAGCCACUUCUUUUUAACUGGAAUCUUCAAGUGAGUUUGCUGUAGCUUUUGCCCACCCCUGUAGAGCUGUGAUUUUGUUUUGUUUUGAGGCAUCCAAGUGUUCUGGCUUAAUUGAGCUGAGAGUCUGCCGGUGCUUGUAGCAAUGACAAUGUUGCCUGCGCCAAGCCCUCCACGUGCUUUGGAACACCUUGUUGUUGAAGUGAGUGAAAAUAAAAGCCAAAAUUGAAAAUGA